AUGGCUUCACAGUCUGCCAUUGCGCCCUCGGCGCCAGAAGAACCGACGACCCAUGUUAACUCAAAGACAAUCAUCUGUCUUGUGGCCAUCAACAUCACCUACAUGGCACAAUUCAUCUCUCUCAUCGGGUCAGGCUUCUUGGCACAGUCAAUGGCACAAAUUGUCGGUGGUACAAACAAGACCGUCUGGUACUCCUCUUGCAUCGUCAUUAUGACAGUUGCCCUGAACCCGCCCGUCAGCCAGGCCGCUGACUACUGGGGCCGGAAACCAAUCCUCAUUGCCUUGUCUCUUACCGGUAUGGUCGGAUCCAUAAUUGUGUCCCGGGCCCAAAAUUCUAGCACCAUCAUCGCCGGCUUUGCCAUUCUCGGCCUCAACUUCGGAUGUCAGUCAGUUAUCCUGGCUGUUUUGUCGGAAGUUCUGCCCCGACAAUACCGACCCAUGGGUCAAGCGUCUGCCAUGGUAGCAUCCAGCCUGGGAGCAAUUACUGGGUUGCUAAUGGGUGGAGGAAUGCUCCAACACGGCAACCUUACCCACUACCGUAUAUACUGGGUGUCUUAUCGGCUACAAUCCUCCCCCCGAGAACUUCAAGCAUCCCUCAGCACGUAUGAAAAGCUCAACCGUCUUGACUGGAUUGGAUACUUCCUUUUUGCCCCGGGGCUCGUCCUAUUUUCCAUGGCGCUGUCGUGGUCCAACAACCCAUAUUCCUGGAGCAGUGCGAACAUCCUUGGUCCAUUCAUUAUCGGCGUCGUCGCCAUGAUCCUCUUCGCUGUUCACGAAUGGCGCUUCAAGAGGGAUGGCAUACUUAAUCAUGACCUGUGGGUUAAUAGGAACUUCGCCGUCUCCCUUCUUGUCAUUUUCGUCGAAGGCCUUGCCUUCUUCGCGGUCAACUCCUACUUCGCCUUUGAAAUUACAGUUAUAUAUGACGCGAACAUUCUCUCGGCUGGUGCCAGCUUGACCAUCAUGUUUUUUUCAGGUCUGGUUUUCUCCUCAGUGUUCGGGCUGUGGUCGUCGAAGUGCAAGACGAUUCGGCCGCCCCUCAUUCUGGGUUGUGUUUCCCUUCUGUUGUUCUUUAUUCUUCUGGCAACGGUCAAGAUAGACACUCCCCGCUAUGCCUUCUACAUAUUCCCACUUCUGUCUGGCAUUGCUAUGGGUUCUAUUGUGCCACUCUCAAUGGUCUCUGCUCAGUUAACAACUUCCCCAGAGUUAAUCACUUUAGCAUCGGCGUUGAUGACUUCAGUCAGGGGUUUGGGAGGCGCAAUUGGCCUAGCCAUCAACAAUGCCGUUCUGAACGACACCUUGGAUAAGGAGCUACCUGCGAAAGUCGGUGCUGCGGCGCUCUCACUGGGACUGCCAUCCUCAUCUUUGCCUGAACUGAUCAACGCUCUGGCCACGCAAAGCAAGGACGCUGUCGCCGCGGUGCCAGGGGUCACCCCCGAGAUUGCUCAGGCGGCAGUGGUAGCGAUGAAAGAGGCGUACUUGUCCGCCUUUAGAAACGCCUGGGUUAUUUCAGCAUCGUUUUGUGUCGUCUUAGUGAUAUGUGAGUCUUCCAAUGUCCCAUAUCAAAAUACAUACUUAUCAGCCACAGCAUCUUGUUUCAUAAGGGAACAGCGAGCUGACUUUGACGCCCGCAUCGAUGCCCCCAUGGAUGCUGGGUUGUACAAUGUACAAGGCCAUUUGGUGUUGUCGCAAGAUAUGGAAAAAUCAGUCGACAGUCAUGGCCCCAAAGGGACGAGCGUGAAGCACGAAGAAAUUGUUCCAUCCUAG